CGGCCAAGUCUCGCGAGAUCCGCCCCUCUACGUAUCCCUCGGGGGGGGUGUGGCCCCGCCCUCUCGGUCCCGGCCGGCAGCCGCCAUGAGCAGCAAGGUCUCCCGCGACACCCUGUACGAGGCGGUGAAGGAGGUGCUGCAGGGCAGCAAGACCAAGAAGCGCAAGUUUGUGGAGACGGUGGAGCUGCAGAUCAGCCUCAAGAACUACGACCCGCAGAAAGACAAGCGGUUCUCCGGCACCGUCAGGCUGAAGUCAACUCCCCGGCCCAAGUUCUCGGUCUGCUUGCUGGGGGACCAGCAGCACUGCGAUGAGGCCAAAGCGGUCGACAUCCCUCACAUGGACAUAGAGGCUCUGAAAAAACUCAACAAAAACAAGAAGCUGGUGAAGAAGCUGGCUAAGAAGUAUGAUGCCUUCCUGGCUUCCGAGUCGUUGAUCAAGCAGAUUCCUCGAAUCCUGGGUCCAGGGCUGAACAAAGCCGGCAAAUUCCCUUCUCUCCUCACUCACAACGAGAACCUGGUGGCCAAAGUUGAUGAGGUCAAAUCUACCAUCAAAUUUCAGAUGAAGAAGGUGCUCUGUCUGGCCGUGGCUGUCGGGCAUGUGAAGAUGACGGAGGAUGAACUUGUCUACAACAUCCACCUGGCCAUCAACUUCCUGGUGUCCUUGCUGAAGAAGAACUGGCAGAACGUGCGUGCUUUGUAUAUCAAGAGCACCAUGGGGAAGCCCCAGCGCCUCUACUAAGGGGGGCAGCAAUAAACUUUUAGGACACCUUA